AUGAAGCGUGCUUUAGUGAUCCGAAACGUAUCAAGCCACGAUGUGCCUCUGGAUAAUCUCGAUAAUGCCUGUGUACAAUCCUGUACGACCCAUGGAUUUAUUACCGAAUUAGCCAUAAAUGACGAGACUGACGUCAUGCAUCAACUCAUGCAAACGCACGCUCGUGCGAGCGCCAGUACUGACCGGCGUGUCGUCUACCAUUCGACCUCAUCCUAUGACUCUUCUAGCAUCCCCUUUGAUGCCGUUAUACUUCGUGCUUCCGGUCUUUCAGAACGCCGUCUAUACUCGCUAUUGCGUAUUAUUCGCACGAUAAGCAAACAGAUUUUCCUCUGUGUCUUUAGUCCACAGCUAUCGGAACAUCCAAUGGGUCGUUAUCAAUGUUUUCAAGAAGGAGCUUCUAUGGUCACCGAAUCAUUGGAUGAUCUACGUGAUGUCUUGGCUUUUAUUGCCUCUUGUGGGACAGAAUCAAGUCAAGACUCGUACUCGAGACGGAAAAAUAGAGGUCGAUCAGGUGGACGUGAUGGAUUUACGUGUCCAUUUUGUAACAUGACUGGCAUGGAUGAAGAUCAGCUAUGGAGACAUUGUCCACUGUACCAUAUUAAUGGGAAAAACACUGAUGGAGUCACGUGUCCAAUCUGUCGAGAAACUCCACGCGGUCCUUUUCAAGUCCAUAUGCACAAUGCCCAUGGACCUCCUGGACGACAUGAGAUGACAAGUGAGUUCCAUAUGGCCGACAGUACAUUGUAUUCGUUUGCUCUUGUGGUCUGUCACAACAAAAAGUACAACAGUUUCUUACUUGUACAAGAAUUUGCCAACUCGGGCUUUUGGUUGCCCGGUGGACGUAUCGAUAGUGGCGAGAACCCGGCAGAGGCAGCAGUUCGAGAGACAAAAGAAGAAGCUGGAAUCGAUAUCCGCCUUACUGGGCUUUUGAAGCUCGAGUAUCAUCCCAAACAAGACCGCAAUGGGAGUCAAUAUGUGCGAAUGCGUUUUGUCUUUUACGCCGAGCCAUUGAACUGCGACCAGUCACCCAAGUCAAUUCCUGACUAUGAAAGUGCUGGAGCUACUUGGUGUCGCAUUGAUCAAGUUGCGUCGUUGCCACUUCGUGGAUCGGAACCUGUCACCUUCUUUAAUCAUAUCGCAUCAGGCAAAGCGAUCUACCCGCUUGAUCUUGUUCAGAUGACCUCGUCAUAA